AGCUCCAGCCUGAAGACGGCUCUGCUGGAUUAUCUGAAGCGAUGCCUCCCUGCUGACAGCGAGAAACACAACAUGGUGGCGCUGUGCUUCAGCAUGAGGAGGGAGAUCGGAGAGAACCACGAGAUGGCAGCCCGCACGCAGCUGAAGAUCAUCGAGUCCCAGCCUUGGGUGGUGACUCCUGAGCUGAAGAGUUCUCUGGUCAAGGUGCUGGGCCUGCUGAAGGACGCUGCAGAGAGCUUCUCCAAGGACUCGUGUGUGCGCCAGGCGACUCGCUGCGUGCGGACAGCGAAGCUUGUGGCUCUGCAGCUUCACUUCCUGAAGCAGGACUCAGACCUGCAGCUCGUCAACCUGCAGCCGCCGGAGCUGCUGAGCGCCGUCACUGUGCUGCCGAGCUGCUACCAGGUGUUGGUGGUGGCCGAGGCGUACGGCUACAGUCCGGACUGGCCUCACAUUUUGUUCCAGAAGGUGAUCCUGAGCGGAGACUUUGUUUACCUGGACGACUUCAAACGCCUCCGCCCCCUCACCUCCGCCCUGUUCGAGGACAUCUUCAAAAAGCUGGAUGGGGCUCCCUGCAGUGUCCCUAAUGCUCGCCGCCUGCUCUCUCACUGUGAACACGUGUUCAGCCGCUACAGACUGGCCUACCAACAGAACCUUCUGGACGUCAGCAAGGCUCUGCUGCAGGACACACACUCCUCCGGAUACCUGAGGGACCAGCUGGCCAGCUGAUCCAAUCGCCACCAGAACCACCGGCUGGAAUACAGAGAGCUGCAGGGAUGUGGUGUUCCUGUGCUGGUCCCUGAAGGCAGCAUCUCCCUGCUCCAAUGGGAUCCCUCCACGUGGUUUUUGGAUUAUUGCAGAAAAUAAUCUCUGUGUCAAACAAACUCACACGUUUAGUUCAGGUGUGGGGAAUCUACUUACCACUGACCUUAUUUCAGACUAACAACCUAAAACACAUUCAGAAGACCAUUGACUUCCAGACCAGGGGACAGGAAGUGAUGCUGACUCAUUUCAGGGUUUAGGACUCAUUCCUGCACCACUGAUGAUUCUCUCUUUGAAACGGAUGAUUCAAAAUCUUCACAGAAAUGAUGAAAUUACACUUUAGAAAUGUACAUUAAAGACUCUUUCUAACA